GGAAACAAUACCCUUGGCGCCAAAAAAUCGCCGGAAUUGCACUUUUAGGAGGGCAUAAUAAUCUCUCUUUCGCCUAAAUUACUCUAUGGGAAGAUUAGCUGGUUUUCGCCCUCCACAAUUCUCCGAGGAGGAUACGUGGUUGCCUGUCUGGCUUCAGCAAUGCAAUGAGGAAGGGUUCGAUGCCGAGACCAUGGAGGAAGAUUACAUAACAUUUGAGAAGCGGGUUGAGGAAUUUAGAGACUUUAACAGUGGAGAUUCGUUGAGGGACAAAGGUGGAUGUGAUAUUGGUCAAUUAUUUAUCUCUGGAACUGAUAGUUCUCCCUUCAGUUGUGCUCACUCUGCUAAUGAUGUAGAACACUUUUGUCUUUGUCUGUCAUCAGAUAGUGAUUCAGAAAAUGCAGUUCUAAGUUAUGAUGCAUGUGAAACAGAGCGUAAUUAUCCUGUUGUGGCUCAACCUAUUGGAACUUUAGAAGUUCGGAAGGAUGCUAAUUUAAGUACAUAUCCGGAUGCUGGUGCAGUAAAUUGCACUCUAAUGGAAGAGUCGGAGAGGGAUGAUAAAAAGAUCGAACUGCUGAAGUUUAAUGACAAUGUACAUUUCUCUGAAGCUGCAUCUGAUGCCGUAGAGCUUUGUAUUGCAGCAUCUGAAGCACUGGUCAUUAAUGAAUUAAUCAACAGUGAUUCACUUGAAAAAUCUUCCUCAGCUUCAGCUAUACUUGAAGCUUCCCUUAAGCUAAAGCAAGCACGGUUGGAAGUUUGGGAAAGCACCUUUGCUCACUCAUUUUCCAUGACAAGUGACAUGGAUAAUUUAUCUGACUUGGAUGAUGUAACUAUGGAAAUUGUGUAUGAAGAUGCUGGUAUUCACUUCAGUGAGUUGCCUGGAAAUGAGUUAAGUGUAUCUCGAGUUAAGGAUACUUUGGAAUCUGAGCAUAAUGAUGAAGUUGAACACAAGAAUACUAGUGCUUCUGUUUGUGAAAAUUCAGGUAACUAUAAUUUUGACAAUGGCAUACAAUUGAAAAAGGCUUUUGCUGCCGUAUAUAGUGGCAGUGAUGCACAAGAGAUGGUAAAUUGUAGUCUAUCUUGUGAUGUGGGCACUGAUGCUGGUCACUGCAAUGAUUUCUCGAGGGCUGUUAAAUUUCAGGAAAACUGCAUUCCUUCAGUUUCAGCAGAGGAAGUCAAUACACUCACACCAGAAAGCAAUCCAAAUAAAAGUUAUGUGAGCUCUUCUCCUAUUAUGAGGCUUCGAGAUAGGGAAAACGAUUAUUGUAUACCAAACAUUGUUCAACAAAGGUUCCAGAGCCGUUGGCUUGGUGGAUGGUCAAGCAAUAAUGAAGUGAAGUGUGCAACUAAGAAAUGCAGCAUUCCAAAACCUUUUGUUGCUCAAACUAGCUUUUUGUCAGAAUCUGCAUAUACUGCUCCAGAUGUGAACUCAUUUGUCCAGAAUCAUGGUAAACAGGCCUUAGUAGCUUCUCAGCUGAGCAUACGCAGCGAAAAUUUUUCUGGAGCAAAUGAUGUUAUGUUGCUUUCUCAAGAUGUAGGAUCUUCAAGUGCAUCCUUGGUGGACCCCCUUUGCUCAGCUGUGCCAUCUAGUAUUCCUGAAAAUCUGUGUUCUUUACCAAAUCUAAACUAUGGAGACCCAGUUGUUCCUAUUACAAUUGAACCUAAGAAAGACAAUGUGCUACAUACCCCUUAUAUUUACAAUAUGCCAGCUGAAGAAGAAAAUAUUGCCAGGCAAACAGCUGAUAACGAUGUCUCAGAGGAUAAAGUUUCUAGGCGAUCAGCCUCUCUUAGGGAUUAUAGUGUGUCGUUGCCCAGUCACACUAUUCUUUCUGGAAAAGAUAGUCUUCAGAAAUGUUCAUUUCUGAUAGAGGUGAAGGCUGGGGCUGACCUACAAAUUCUAAGUAAAGAAAAUACUGCUCAAAGUCUAUCUCCUGUAUUUGGCCAUAGAACAGAAUCCCACUUCCAGGAUUCUAUUUAUUGUAGGCAAAAUUUUGUUGAAGAAACACAACUAGAAAGCUUGGUGAAGCACUUUCCCUGUGAUAAACUGCAGCCAAAGCUAUUACAAUGUGAAAAUCAAAGUACCCAAAAGCAACCAACGCGGAAACGAGUUCACUUUUCUGAAAAGGAAACAAACAUUCCAGACAACAAAAAAGUUCGGAAGUUGCAAACUGCAUCAAAACCUUGCUAUUCUACUAAAGCUGCGAAAAGGUUAACUAGACCCAGUGCUCAUCUUGAGUCUAGAGCUCAACAGAUGGACAGAUAUUUAAGAGUGAACUUGGAUAAGAAGAAAAAAAGGUUGAUAUUUCAGCAUAUGGAAUUUUUGCUUACUGGAUUCUCUCAGCAAAAGGAAAAGGAAAUUGAUGGUCUCAUUAGAAAAUAUGGUGGCAUAGUUCUCUCUCAAAUUCCAUCUGCAAACGCAAAGGGAAAGAGAAGCUCUAGGUCCAAGUCUCGGGCCCUUCCAGUUGUUUUAUGUUUAAAGAAGAUACAAUCAUUCAAGUUUUUGUAUGGAUGUGCUGUGAAUGCAUAUGUACUCAGAGUUAAUUGGCUUAUUGAUUCCAUUGCAGCAGGUUUUGUCGUGCAGCCAAACAGGUACAUGAUCCUGCCCAUGAAUAUAAGCAGAAAUGACCAAGUUUAUACAGCUGUCAAGUACAACACUCAUUCUCUUGUUUUUAACAAUCUUGGAGUCAUGCUUCAUGGAAAGACCAAAUAUUUUACAAACAUUACUACCAUUCUCAAGCAUGGUGGUGGGCAGAUUUUCAAAACUCUGCAAGGUUUGAUACAGACUCUUGAGACUGGGAAAAUUUCAAUGGCUGUACUUGUUGCUGAGGAGGAGAGUUGUGCUUCUCGUCACUUGAGACAAUGUGCCAUGGACCAGAAUAUACAUGUAACGUCGGUUUACUGGAUCAUAAAGUGCUUAUUUGCCGGACAACUUAUUCCGUUGGAGGAGAAAGGGAAUUCACGGCAUUCACCUGCUAUUCAGCUUCAAAGGCACCUGGAACCCUUGGAAUUGAGUCAAGAAAUAUGAUUUUUUCCAUUGUGAGGUCUUUGAGCAAUACUCCAGAGAACAACAACCUUCCAUAAGCCCCGGAGUUUCUAAAUGAGCUAAUAUAAUCGGAGAGUGGUUGCGGUUUGGUCCUUGGAGGUUCGAUUGUUUCAUGCUACUUUGAUUCCAAUUUGUUUAGAAUGAGCGUAGUUGGAACUCUUGGAUCAAGAAGCUGCUAAAUCUCAGCAAAAAUCUGAAAACAUUGGCCUUCAUAAUAUCGUACGUGCGAAAAUUGAAACAUUAUUACAUAUAUGCAUUGAAAAAGUUGAUGAAAAAAGCUCAUUAGCGUUGCAGAAGAAAUCCAGUUACAGUGGUCUGCAAUAAGAAUCACCAGUCAGUUUGCUGUAAUAUGCGCCACAAGGGGCAUUGAUGCCAGCAGCACGAGACUCGAUUUGUCAGUAGUAAGUGAAAAUAGCAUAUGUAUAAACCUAUUUACUUAUUCUUCUUAUGAUUCGAUUUAUUUGUGAAUAGCUUGUAUUUGUAUGAUCUUUUUGUCAAAAUGUUAAAGGAUUAUUAUUAAAUAAUGGUCUAAUUUUCAUCCAA